GUAUUUUUACUUAAUUAAAGUGAUGCAGUAUGAUAAUAAAUAGUUGUAUAUAAUUAAUAAGUUGAUGAUCAUAUUUACUACACUUCCGUAAUGACGAAUUUGUUAGAUUCUUCCUAGUUUUACGUGAUUUUAAUAUUUGUCAAAAGUGUUUUUCAACAUAAAUCAAUUUAUAUCCUAAGAAAGCUCUAAACUUCAGUCAGUCACAUAAAUACAAAAGGAACUGAUUUAAAAUCCCCAAAAAAGAUUUUUUUUUGUCUUUAUCGGGGAAUAAAAAUGUAAAAAUACAAAAGAUAAAGUUCGAGUGAGACAAGAGUGAGUGCAAUAAUUAUAAUUAAUAAGAUGAAGAUUCCAGCAAGCAACAUAACAGAAAUCACAUAAGAUAAGAGGGAAAAUUAUGUCAUUAGGAUAUAAAAAGUAUGAGAAAUUAAGUGAAAAAUGUGAAAUACGUCAUGCUAGUAUAUCAAAGAAUGAAUCUACUGUAUAUUAUAUUGAUCCAUCCUGUACAAAUAAUGAAAAAGAUGAUGCCAUAAAAAUGAUUGACAAUUUAAAGAAGAGAAAGAAGCGCUUAGUGAUAUUUCUGAUUAUAGUAAUCCUAUCAUUAUUAUCCAUUAUAUUAUUUGGAACUUUAUGUAGUGAUGAUGUUUGUGCACUGUCUGUGCUCAAUAGGAAAAAGUUAUUUUCCGAGCAUCAUUUAAAUAAUAAUAUUAAUCAGCAUCAUCAUGAGAACAGCAACAACAAUAUUUCGAGUAGUAGCCUUAACAAUAAAAACAGUCAUCUCUUAUUGAGUUAUGAUGAUGUCCUCAAUGAUGAUUUUCAAAAUAAAUUUGAUAUUAAUUCAAACGAUGUUAUGGUAUUUCUGCACAUACAAAAAACCGGAGGCACAAGCUUUGGACGGCAUUUAGUAAGAGACUUAGAUUUGAAGAGAAAAUGUACAUGUCAAAGAAAGAAGAAACGAUGCUAUUGCUUCAGACCAAAUAGAAAUGAAAAUUGGCUAUUUAGUCGAUACUCGACAGGCUGGAAGUGUGGUUUACAUGCAGACUGGACUGAACUUACAGGUUGUGUAGACCAAGAGCUUGAUAAGAAUGAGGGAGAAACAACCAAAAGGAGAUAUUUUUACAUCACAUUAUUAAGAUCACCCAUUUCACGAUACCUUUCCGAAUUUAGACAUGUUCAAAGAGGUGCAACAUGGAAAAAUUCAAGGCACUUUUGUCUUGGGCGUCAAGCAACUCCAGAGGAACUUCCGCCGUGUUACACAGGAGACGAUUGGAUGGACGUAGCUCUUGAUGAUUUUGCAGACUGUCAGAGUAAUUUGGCUGCAAAUCGACAGACGAGAAUGCUCACUGAUUUAGCAUUAGUUAACUGCUAUAAUAAGACUGGAAUGUCUCAAAAAGAAAGAGAUAGAAUUAUGUUAUCAAGUGCAAAGAGGAAUUUAGCAGCCAUGUCGUUUUUUGGAUUAACUGAAUAUCAAAAGAUAUCGCAAUACAUUUUUGAGGAAACAUUUAAUCUCAGGUUUGCAAUUCCCUUCGAACAACAUAAUUCGACGCUAUCAAUGCAAACGUACGAUACCCUUACUGAUGCUCAAAAGAAGAAGAUUAAAGAUAUAAAUGCUCUUGACAUCGAACUUUAUGAUUUUGCUAAAGAAUUAAUGUUUCAAAGAUUUGCAAGACUCAAAGCCAAAGAUAACGAUUUUGAAUUUCAUUUUUCUAAUUUAGGCAGCAUUAGAGAUAAGGAAUCAUUCGAUUGGAAUACUAAUAUAGAUAAUUUAAACUAAUGUUUUUUGACGAAACAUUAAAUGGUGCAGACACGUCGAAAAGAGUUGUAUUUCAUAUUUUUUUAAACCAUUGACUAAAAACCACUCAAACGAGCUUAAGUUUAGAAAGAGUUGAUAAUAUUAGGUUUGAUUUCACUUAGUUUUAUCCUGUGUAGAGGUAAAAAGUAGCCAAAAUUUGUGUUAGAGCAGUUUAAUAAUAAGAUAUAAGUUAUAAGUUUGAUUGCUGAGCAUAAUACUUCAAUUUACUUCUUUCUAUGACGUAUUAAUGGCCUACAGUGCAGAUAUAUUCACUGGUUGAAUAAUUAAAUAAUUUUUUAUACAAUACAAAUAACCAUUUAUUAUAACUGACAAAAUAAAAUCAAAUUUAAUAGCUUUCGUUAAAAAAUUCAAAAUUGAAAUAACCGUUAAAAGUUCAAAAAUACAAAGUCCGUUAAAAAUCUCAAAUUUCAAAUACUUUGGCCAAAAUACGUAUCAAGUUAUCCGCAUGCGGAUGCUUUCAUUAAUAUUUUAGUCAAAAAUGCAAUUGAACAUUAAAAUAAGCUUUAUUAAUUUUACAAAGGAACAAAUCAAAUAAGUCAAAAAAUACGGUAAAAGUUAAGGGAAUUUGAUUUGCAUUUAUUAUUAUUUCUGUUCAUCAUUUCAUUAUUCCUCGACACUGAAAUGUCUGUACCAUAAAUUCACAAAGAUAAUAAGAAGGAAGAAUAAUAAAAAUAAGUAA